AUGGAUUUCGGGUCGCUCCUUCUUCUGGCAGCCCUCCUGGGGCUCCUGCUCCUAUUGGCGCGGGGUCCUGCUGCUUCCCGAAAAGGCCGCCUCCCUCCAGGACCGCGACCCUUGCCUUUACUUGGCAACUUUUUGCAGAUGGACCGUAAUGGCCUCCUGAAAUCCUUUUUGGCGCUUCGGGACAAGUAUGGGGAUGUAUUUACCAUAUUCCUGGGCUCCCGACCUGUGGUUGUGUUAUGUGGGACUGAGGCCAUGAAGGAGGCUCUGGUGGAGAAGGCUGAAGAGUUCAGUGGCCGAGCACCCAUUGCCAUGUUUGACUCAGUCUUCCAGGGGCAGGGGGUUAUCUUUGCCAAUGGUGAUACGUGGAAGACUUUGCGCCGAUUUUCUCUGGCCACUCUUCGAGAUUUUGGGAUGGGGAAGAGAAGCAUUGAAGAACGAAUCCAAGAGGAGGCCCAGUGUCUGGUUGAGGAGCUCCAGAAAUCCAAGGGAGCCCUGUUGGACCCCACCGCCCUCUUCCACUCUAUCACAGCCAACAUCAUCUGCUCCAUUGUGUUUGGUGAACGCUUCUCCUAUCAUGAUAAACAGUUCCAGGAGCUGCUGAACAAGUUCAACAACACGUUUGCUCUUGCAAGCUCUCUCUGGGGCCAGGUGUUUGAGCUGUUUUCAGGUUUCCUGAAGUUCUUUCCUGGUCCCCAUCGGUGUGUCCACAACAACCUGACAUCCAUCAAUGCAUUCAUUGCUGAAAAUGUGGAGAAGCACAAAGAGAGCCUGGACCCCAGUGCCCCCCGAGACUUCAUUGAUAUGUACUUGCUCCGUAUGGAGAAGGAAAAGGGAAUUGCUAACACUGAGUUUCACUACAGAAACCUCAUCCUCACUGUCAUGUCACUGUUCUUCGCGGGCACUGAGACAACCAGCACCACCUUGCGCUAUGCCUGCCUCCUGCUCCUCAAAUACCCCUGGGUGGCAGAGAAAGUCCAGGAGGAGAUUGACCAGGUGAUUGGGAGGAACCGUCUUCCAGACCUCAAAGAUCGAGCCAAAAUGCCCUACACAGAUGCUGUCAUCCAUGAGACCCAGAGAUUUGGUGACCUCCUCCCUAUGAGUGUACCCCAUUCUGUGACCCAGGACACCUCUUUCAGGGGCUACCUCCUUCCCAAGGGCACUGAAGUGUACCCUCUCCUGACCACAGUCCUGCAUGAUCCCAGGUACUUUGAGAAACCUCAUGCCUUUGACCCAAACCAUUUCUUGGAUGCUCAGGGAUCUCUGAAGAAGAGUGAAGCCUUUAUUCCCUUCUCUUCAGGGAAACGAAUAUGCCUGGGUGAGGGCAUUGCCCGGAUGGAACUUUUCCUCUUCUUCACCAUCAUCCUACAGAACUUCUCCUUGAGCUCCUCCAUGGAUCCUGAUAGCAUUGACCUUACUCCAAGGCUGAGUGGAGUGGGCAAUGUGCCUCCCAUCUACCAGCUUCGAUUCCACCCCCGCUGAAGCUCCCUUCGUGAUCGAGGCUUGGAGAAGCAGCCACUGGGCUAACCUCCCUAUCUUCAUCAAACAGACUAUCCCAGAGGUCAACCGGGCUGAGAAGAGAGCAGAGGGGACAUAGCACCACUUACCACAGUCAGAUGAGGGAAACCUGAGCAGAAAGGGGGAAUAGAAGUAGCUUCAGUUUCCUUGUCAAUAAAAUUAGUGGGUUGCCUCUGAAGUCCCUUCCAAAUCUCUAUCAGUAAUGAUGCUAUGUUUCUGGUAAGUGACCCAUCCUCAAGGUUCCUCCUAUAGUCUAACCUCCUUCUUACAUGCUGCAUAUUCAGCCUAUCUCCUAAGAGGGUUCAGAACCAUCCUUGGUGCUCUUGUGUGCACUAAACUGGGUGAUCAUGAAGCCUCCAUCCCAGGAGAGAGGAUCAAACCAUACGGUGGCAAAGCAAAUAGAGUGUUGGAUUGGGAGUCAGGAAGACCUGGCUUCAUAUCCUUCCUGUGACAUUGACUUACUGAGCCUUGCAACCAGAGAGAAAUCCCUUUAAUUUUUGUCCCUCUGCAAAAGGAAGAUAAUAAUAUUAUUGGUACCAAUCUUACAGGGAUGUUCUGAAACUCAACUGAGAUUAUGCAUGAAAAGCAUUAUGAUUUUUUUAAUGGGGCCUUUGAUUUUGUGGAUGGAGGGAACGCCUGAUACAGUCCUCAAGUCUACAUUUGCUUUCAGCAAAUGAACUUGGGUAGUUGCAGGAGCAACCUUAGCUGCAGUGAUUUGUCCCAGGUGACCCUGCCAGGAUGGUCAGAGAUGCACCUUGAACACAGGUCUUCUGGUCUCUGAGGCCAGCUCUGUAUCCAUUCUGCUAGGCAGCCUCUUAGAGUGCUAUGUAAACAUCAGAUAACCAGAUAUUCUGGGUCAAGAGGGACCUUGGAAGGUAUAAUGCUGGAGGGUUUUCUGUUCAUGGGGGGGGGUUCCCUUCAGAAAUGACCUAGUCCAAUCUACUCAAUUUUGAUUCACUUCUUUAUUUUAAGAAGUGAUUAUUAAGCACCUACUGUAUGCAAAACAAUAUGCUAGGCACUGGGUAUACAAGAUGAUUGCUCUUUUCCAUACUGUACUAUUCAAA